AUGAAUAAAUCUGUUGGAAAUAUCGAUGCUAAUCGUACGGAGAUGCUUAAUGGAUUUGAAUGUAGGCAGGUAUGUAUUGGACAAGAGAAAGAUUUCAAUACCGCUAGAAAGAAGGCAUUGCAAUAAAUUGCUGCCUUGAAGGUCAUAAUAGAAGAUUUCAGAGACGUUUUCCUGUCUUCGUUUGUGUGGCCGGCUAUUGCAUGUGGACUACUUUACGAAGGUAAACACCUUUUAGGCACAACAAUCGCUCGGCCAUGCAUUAGCACAGCUCUGACAAGAAUUGCAAAAUCUGAAAAUGCAUUUAUAAUCGUUCAUGAUGCGACAGGAAAAGCUACUACAAUCUCUAUCCCGACAUCCAGUUACAGACUUUUAUACAAAAUUAUCAGAAAGAUCAGAUUUGUUAAAGUAUGCACAACAAAACGAAAUACCUAUUUCAGUAAAUCUAAGAGUCAAUAUGAAGCACAUCAAGAGUUGGAAAUGUUUGUAUUGUUAUAUCAGAUGAAAUCUUAUUUGACUUAUUUGACUAACAAAAUGACUGAUUACGUUUAUAAAUGUGAAAGAACGCUGUAGGCGAUUAUACAAAAUAAUGGUUUCGUAAAUGGUUAGUACUGCUCAACGAGUGCUCUAAUUUGCUCUUUGGUAUUAGCAAAAUAAAUUUUAAGCAAACUCCUAUUACUCUCGUUACUCUUCGAUCUUACAGUAUGUACGCAUAGCCGACGUAGCAAAGAGUAUUCGUACAGCGAGAGUCUAGUCCGAACGAAUGGAAGAGGAGAUUACGAACUUGAAGGCGUGAUUUCAUUCGUACGCAAGCUUACGUAUUAAAAAAAUUUAGUAGCUCCAAAAAAGAAUUAUUCAGACUUGAAGUAUGAUAUAUAAAAUACAUUAAAAUGUGUAAUAUUUCGUAAAAAGAAUCUAGCGCUUAAGUGUAACAAAUUUUUACGCAAUUAUUGAGAAAUCAUUUAGCAAUCAUUUAGGUAUUGAAAUGAACUUUUCAAUCAUCAAGUUUCAAUCUUAAGACAUUUUUUAUUCUGGUUUAAUUAAGUAUACCGUUGUAAUGUUUAUACAUGAGUUAUUUUAAGAGGAUGAGGUAAUAAUGAAAAACUAUCGCAACAAUUACUUUCAAGUAGUUAUUAAUAAUUAAACCGUAGGUAAUUAGUAUAUUUGUAAAGAUUAUAAUAACGUGUAAUAUGCAUUGUUUUAUCUGUAUUAAUUAGUAUAUACAAUAUUUCUUAUUCGUUCUAACAGAUUCGCAACAUAAGAGAAAACGUCAAACACGAGACAAUAAUAUUUCAGUUAGUAUCUCUUCUAUCGACGACUAUAUAACACUCUUUCAUUCUGUCCGUUUCGCUCGCUCACCCUCUCUGCUUGUUUUACGCUCUGUAUUUAUAUAUGUAUAUCUUUAUAUAUAUAUGUAUAUAUAUAUAUAUAUAAGGUAUAUCUAUUAUAUAUAUAUAUAUAUAUAUAUAUAUAUAUAUAUAUAUGAAAGGUAAUUCUGUAUAUGCUUAUGAUUAAUAAUCUGCAGUAACUUUGUAUUCACACACUUGCCUCGUAACAUUAAUUCGAAUAUGUAAUAAAAGUCUCUCUUCUUAUGUUUAGGGAUUAAUAAGAGAACAGACGAUAUUAUUUGAUUUGAUAUUGUUAAGCAAAUAGAGAUUUAAACGAAACAGCAAUUUAAUUCAUUACUUGAUGUUAUAUUACCAAGUUUGUUAUCUACAAAAUAAAAGAUUCAAAACUUAAUCAAGAAUUCUUCCUGUACAAAGCAUCGACAAUUUCAAAUUGCAAUAUACGGUUUAACGGUAUCUUAACUUAUAUAUAUAUAUAUAACGUAUUAAGCAAACGGUUUAUACACAAGUGCGUAUUAUAUGCGACAGAUCAAUAUAAAGUUGCUAUUUUACUUUUAUUUGCCUUUUGAAAUUAACGUGAAUGACGCAGAUAUAGGAGAAAGUUAUAAGGUUCUUUUUGAAUAAAAAUGGUUGAGUAGAAGCAAGUAUGUAAACAAACUUGACCUAGUAAGUGAUCCCUCUUACUUAACAACAUCAAGCAUUUCUUUAUUUUAGCCAUUUAUUCUUCAUUUCAUCAUUAUUAUUUAUGUACAACCAGCUUAAUAUCUCGCUAUCAGUAAUAAGUCUACUAAAACUUGUGUGCUAUUGGAGAUGAUGUGCGCCCGUGGGAACUUAUAUAAAAAAUUAUUUUUUGAUAUUUUUGAUACAGCGGAGUGAUUUUGGUGUUACUUACGAAUUAUUACGUCUUUACCUAGUAACUUAUACUGAGAUCUCUAGUAGGUUAAUACAAUCUAUCGGCCUCCCUUAAAUAUUACAAACCUUAUCACAUAUAUAGAGGUGUGUAUAUUAGUACUUAUUACUUUUUAUACAUAGAUUCUAUUUAAAUUGCUGCCAAUGAUUUCUCCUCAUAUGUACAGUUAUAAACUAUGUAUUAUACAAUCAUAAUGCCUAGCACAUACAUUCCUCCUUGCUCUCUUCCAUUCUCACUUUCAUUCCUAUGCCCAUCUUUUCUCUUACGCUGCUUCUCGCUUUCUCUUUGCCAAACUCACGCUCUUAAUUCUUUAUUCUUUUUAAUUCUUUCUUCUUAAUAUCUUUUUUUUUUUUUGUUUUAGAAUUCGUGUCACUAUUGAGCUCGUUACUUUAACGCGACGCAAUUUCAUAAUCAGAGGAAUUCUUCCAAACAUUCGAAGACACUUGCAAUUGGUCAGUCUAAUGGUACAAUAUAGACAAUAAUCGAGCAAAAACAAUAAAAAUCAUAGCUUUCAUUGCUUCGUCGUUUAGCGAAGAAUUCAUCAUUUCUGAGCGAUACGGUUUUGCGUUAUCAACUACACCCAGGACACGAAAGAUUAAACAAAUAGAAAAAUAACAUAUACAAAAUAUCGUUAAAAGCGUUGACUGGAAGAUAAACAUAUACUAACUGUACACGAAAAUAUUUAAACUAUUGCAAACGACUUUCUCUUCCAUGAAAAAUCAUGUUUCUGGUUAUAUGAUAUUUCAUGACAUCUCGAUGUUUUCUUUUUUCAUAUCUGCUAACAUCUUAUGUCGUAUAUUACAUCGCAUUAUAGCGUACCACGAUCAUACUCGGAUAUCAAAUAUAUUGAAUUUACAAUUAUAUUUGCCAAUACACGCCAAUACACACAUUCCCGAAAAAUCUUGCUCGAAUACCGAUAAUGAUAAACGUUAAUGAACGAAAACGGCAUAUUUAUUACGCUUACGUUUAAACUUCAUUCGAUUUAUAUCUAGGACAAUUCCAUUAUCUCCUGGAAACAUCAUUUUAUACCGAAAGAACACUCUAAUUUACAAGAACAGAAAACACGAUCGAUCAUUUCUCGCUUUCGCUUAUUUAGCAAUUACUGACAUCCUCGCGAGAAAUUGCCCUAUCGCGUUAAGUGCAUACAACAACAAUUAACAUAUGGAUGACUAAAUCAUUAUACAUGCUAAGACGCGAACGUCAGUAUCGCUGUAAAUAGAUUGCUAGAGGUCGAGAGGCAAGAUUUCAUCGUAAAUCUUGAAUUUUGAUUGACAAACAUCCGGAAACAAUUCCGGCAUGUAAAAUAAAAAAAA